AGGUAGGUUGGUUGGCGCGGAGCUUUCCGUUGGUUUUCGCUGCUCUGCGGAUUUGCGCAACCACCAGUUCUUCAGUUCGCUGGGAUCGCUCGUCGGACGUAGACUAAUUUUGGGUACGGUCUUUUUCACGGUGGCCUUCCAGGUGUACGGCGCACCUUUCAACCUUCUUCUGGUUUCAAGUGUUACGACGUCCUCGAUUUGUGAUUUUUAUUGACGGCUUUAGAAUUUUUUUUCGGGGUGGUGAUAUUGGAAAGGGAAUUCAGUGUUCGAAACAAUUGAAGGAAUCAGUGAAAUCGAUGCAAACUUUCCACGAAAACCAUUGAAUAAUUUACACAGUGCCUGACACGCAGUGCAAAGCCAUAACCAAUGAAAUGCACCGCAACGGUAUAUGAAUGUACGUACAUACGAAAGAUUCCAGGGAGUGAAGUGACGAACCUUGUCAUAAAAAAAGGCGAAGUGAUUAGUGCGCGAAAUCGAAGGCAUGACCAAUUGGGUGAAAAUUUAUGCAUAAGCCGUUACGAUACCAUAAAAAAGGAACCAUUGUCUACACUUUCGAGCUUGUACUUACAGUGAUUGAGGUGAGAGCCCGGAUGAGAUCAUCACCUGCCAGGCAGUGAAUUGAUGACAUUUUCUUUAGCAACUGGCACAUUUCAACGGUUGAGAGUGUUCGAGGAAAAUUCCUGCCAACCCCAUCGACGUUUAAACGAUUCCAAGACUUCGAACCUGCUGUGUGCGUGAAAAUUGGUGUAACACUCGAAGUGAAAUUUCCCUCCCACAAUUAUCUUCCCACUAGGUGCCUCGUUUGAUUCGAAGCAAGAAGCCAUCGGAAGACGAAGAAGAAAAACCUACCGCAGUGAAUGUGAACAAGUUACCUCUCUGCCUACAUAUUUCUUCAUAACAUUGAAUUUUUAAUGAAACAGAAAGCCUUCGGUGUGACGAAAGAAGAAAAAAUAAAUCGGUUUCUGGUUUGAGAAGCUGAGCUGAGCUGGGCCGAGUGCUGUACCGUCUGUUCAAACAUUGGAAGAUUUGAUAACCUGUGGUAUAGCUAAAAGCUGAUUACUGUGGCGCGAAGUUGACAACGGAUUGGUUGAGCGGAAUUCGAGGAGAGAGUGACGGGGAACCUGUUUGCGAGGGUCCGAGAAGCGAAUAAAGUGCAUCCAACUGUGUGACAGUUUUUGUGUGUGUUUGCAACCAUUGGAAUUUGACUCCCGGUGUGGUCAAUAUUGGAGUAGUUGAUAAUUGUAGACUUAGACGCUAAUUACAGAUAUCGAUUAUCAUUGGUAUUUGAUAUAAAACUGUGCAGUUUGGAAAAGCAUUGUACCCGAACGUGAUGGACUGCUGGCGAAGAAUAUAAUCAACGCAUUCAUGAGGUGCCAUACCCAUUCGUAUCCAGUGAUUAUAUCUCCCCACUAACGAGAUGAGAUGAUUAUGUGUGGCAACGGAAAACCUUCGCAGCCGUUUCAUAGUCCAACAACGCAACACAAUUAACGAACCUCGAUUCGAAACCAUGACUUCCUCCUAUGAACGAAUAAAGGCAGAAUGUAAGCAAAAAAAUGUCCUCUGGGAAGACGAAGACUUUCCGGCGACGCAGUCGUCGGUAUUUUACCAUCAAACCCCGCCCUUCACUUUCCAAUGGAAGCGACCGCACGAGAUCACCCAGAACCCGGUGUUCGUCAACGAUUCCACGGCACAGUUCGACAUUGUGCCGGGUAAAAUGGGCGAUCGAUGGCUCGUGAGCUGCUUGGGUGUCCUGUACCUCUCUAAGGGACUAUUCUACCGGGUUGUCCCAGCAGAUCAAAACUUCGAAAAGCCAUACUAUGGAAUGUUUCGCUUCCGACUGUGGUGGUGUGGUGAGUGGUUGGAAGUUCUAGUCGACGAUAGAUUACCAACAAUCAACGGAAAGCUGGCGUUCUUGCAAGCUCAGAACUCCAACUCAUUCUGGCCGGGACUGCUGGAGAAAGCCUAUGCCAAAUUACACGGGUCCUACGAAGCUUUAAAAUACGGUACGCUGCUGGACGGCCUGGCGGAUCUCACCGGAGGUAUCACCGAAUCGAUAUCGAUCAAAACGGAUGGUAACAUUUUGAUUCGGCCUCCCCUACUUCAUUCUCUGCUGGACACAACCAGCAUAGUGACCUGCACAGUCAACAAUGGGACCACUACGCAAAUUCGGAACCAAACCGAAGCACUUCCGAACGGAGUCCACGUUGGGAUUAACUAUCGGUUGUGUUCACUGGACAAGGCUGAAACCAUUAUGGGGGACACCGUGCAGCUGGUGCGGCUUCGAAACCCCGUGGCGCAAACCCUGAACAAAUCUGCAACCUUCAACGGAGAUUGGUCAUCGUUCUCUAGCUCAUGGGAACGUGUUACUAUGAACGAACGGAACCGUCUCAUAGAACAACUGGACGUCGGCGAGUUCUGGAUGUCAUUCUUCGACAUGACUCAGACCUUCAGCCAUCUGGAAUGCGUACACCUGGACUCAGAUACAGCCCGGGACGAACCCCAGUUAUCUGAGAAAAACCGACGCUGGUUGAUGCGUCUCUAUCAGGGUGCAUGGAAGCGAGGCGUCACCGCAGGCGGUUGCCGUAACAAUCCUGACUCGUUUCACAUAAAUCCACAGCUGCAGCUCUUCCUAAGCGAAAAAGAAGAUGUGAUAGUCUCGGUCAAUCAGCACAGUGUGCUGGAGCCGAAGGUAAUCGGAUUUACCGUGUACAACCUCAACAACGUUCAAAACAUCAACGGGUGCCUAUCGAAGAAUUUCUUCAAGAAACACAAGAGUUUAGUCAAUUCGCAGUAUACCAAUUCGCGUCAGAUAAGCCACCGAUGUUCGUUGGAGGCGGGCCGUUACCUAAUCAUGGCCACGACGUUUGAACCAGCCGAGGAAGCUUCAUUUAGUGUGCGAGUCCUCGGAACAACGAUACGAUUGUCGCUGCUGGAAACGCAAACCAUGCUGCUGUUGGAUCCCUUCCCGCUGCUCAAUUCGAACGCAAAAAUAUCGAUGGAUUCAGCUAACAAUAAUAAUGUUAGUGCUGCGACCAGCACUGCCCAGUACGAACCAGUAUUUAUGCAGCUAGCAGACGAUCAGCGGACGUUGAAUUGUUUUGAUCUGCAAGAACUGUUGGAAGCAUGUCUUCCCAACGACUACAUUCGGAGCUGUGCCAGUUUGGAAGUGUGUCGGCAAGUUGUCUGCCUUAUGGAUAAAACCAAUCGAGGGCGAAUCAAUUUCAACGAUUUCAAUAAGUUUAUGGUGAACCUGAAGACUUGGUGGGGUGUGUUCAAAAUGCACACCAAAGAAAAGUCCGGGAUACUGCGAGCAGAACGAUUCCGCGAUGCUCUCUACGAUGUUGGUUUCCAACUGAGUACGGACAUUUUGUCUAUCCUAAUACUGAGAUAUAUGAGGAGAGACGGCACUCUUAGACUCUCUGACUUCAUAUCGGCCAUUCUACACUUAACGAUGGCGUUUGAACUGUUCAAAGCUAAGGACACAAAUCAGGAUGGCGUGAUCAGCAUGGGCAUGACUGAGUUUAUAAAAUCAGUUUUCAUGUGCUGAUCAACCGUUCAUCAUAGUGUAAAAAAUGUAUUGUUAAGCGCGUGGAGUCCACCAGGAAAUGCGACAGUUAUGCAUUUGUAAGAAAUGACAACGCAACGUACAUCGAAUACCGUUCAUAAUAAUAAGGUUAUACCUAGAUACUUGUAUAGAAUAAAAAACCAGUUGACUUUGUUUUAAAUAAAACGAAAAUAAUAAGUAGGCCUGUGUUAACCGCUUGUGCAAACCUAUCGAGAAACGAAUUUGCUCAUCAACAUACGAAUGAUUGUUACGGUCGUAUACAGUUGAAAUGGAAAAUAAAUUAGACAUUCUCAAACACA